UUCUCCUUCCGGGAAAACGGCUGGGGAGCGUAUCUUGCUGAGAGGCUGGUCAGAAAAUGUGAUGUUGUGAACCGCGGACUCUCGGGGUACAACACCAGAUGGGCUAAAUUGAUCUUGCCGAGGCUGAUCACUGAAAGUGCUGGUGCUGAGAGUACUGUUGCAGUUACUAUUUUCUUUGGAGCUAACGACAGUGCUUUGAAAGAUCUGAACCCGAAGCAACAUGUUCCUUUGGAGGAGUACGCUGCAAACUUGAGGAGCAUGAUACAGUAUCUCAAGUCAGUAGAUAUUACUGAAGACAGGAUUAUUUUGAUAACGCCACCACCUCUUCAGGAAUCAGCUUGGGAAAAGGAGUGUCUUGCCAAAGGUGACAAAUUGAAUCGCUGCAAUGCAACCACUGGGGAGUAUGCCCAGGCCUGUGUUCAGGUCGCUAGGGACUGUGGAACUGAUGUAGUCGACCUCUGGACACUGAUGCAGAACAAUCAGGAUUUCUCUUCUUAUCUGUCUGAUGGUCUUCAUUUAUCACCAAGAGGCAAUAGCUUUCUAGCAGCACAACUGUGGUCACGCCUGGAAAAGAAACUGUCAGCUCUUCCUUUCCUGCUUCCAUACUGGCGUGAUGUGGACCACAUGCACCCCGAGGCCACUCUUCUGCCAGAAGCCCUGCAGUGA